GAUAAUUCCACACUUGACCACCUUCAGUUUCCAAAUCUCCCUCAUUCUUUAACUUCCCUAAAAAGUUUUUUCCCUCUUGGCAGAUUUUCUGUGAAGCUUCUGGUUCCAAUCGCUUUCAACACUAUAAAUUCGGAGUCUUUUACCUCAUUUUUGUAUUGCUCCCUCUCUCUUUAUCAUCAUCAAUGGAGUUUCACAGAGCUCUUUCUCUUUUCUUGGUUUUCUUUUCUUGUUUUGUUUAUUCAUCUCACGCUUUGAAGUUCUACGUUGGUGGAAAAGAAGGUUGGGUUGAAUCCCCUCAUGAGAGCUACAAUCACUGGGCUGAGAGAAACCGGUUCAAAGUCAAUGACACGCUCUAUUUUAAAUACAAGAAGGGAGAAGACUCGGUGUUGCUGGUGAAGAAAGAUGAUUACUUUAACUGUAAUACGAAACAGCCAUUGAAGAAAAUGGAGAGUGGUGAAUCGGAGUUCAUGCUUGAUCGUUCAGGGCCCUUCUAUUUCAUCAGUGGAGUUCCUGACCGUUGUCAAAAGGGACAAAAAUUAAUUGUGAGUGUUCUGCACCUAAAAACUCCAUUAAAACCACCGAAAACACCACCGGUUACCCCGCCUCCCACCCAUGCUCCGCCGCAAUUGCCACCGUCACCUUCAUCACACCCACCUGUUGCACCAUCGCACUCACCAAAAGUUUCUCCAGCUCCAGGGUUGUCCCCUAAACCUCACUCUCCAGUUCCCUCCGGGUCCCCUCAUGUGUCUCCUUCACAAUCACCCGGGGCUUCGUCUCCUAAAUCAUCAUCUCCGGCACCGGCAACGUCACCUGUAGCUACAUCUCCGUCACCAUAUAGUGGUAAGUCACCUGCUGUGACUCCAUCACUGUCUCCAAAGGCUGGGGGUCCAGUGCUGGCACCUGGACCGUCCACUUCGACGAUAUCGCCUUCUGCACCUGGACCGUCCACUUCGACGAUAUCGCCUUCUGCACCCGGACCAUCCACUUCGACAAUACCUCCUUCUGCACACGGACCAUCCACGUCUACAAUACCUCCUUCUGCACCCGGACCAUCCACGUCAGGAAUCUCUCCUUCGGGUGGGACUUCUCCGCCAGGUAGCUCGGGUUCACCGUCGGGGACGCCGCCCGGGGCGCCGUCACCUUCAGGGACUCCAGCGGAUAUUACGUCACCACCGACAUCGACAAAAUCAAAGGCGAAUGCAGUUGUUGUAACGCCUUGGAGUUUGAUAGUGUCUGUGGGAGUUUCUGUUGUAGUGAGUAUUGUCGUUUUGGGUUAGAGAUAUUUAAUUAUUUUGUGGGCAGUUGGAAUAUCUGGGAUUUUUAGUAGAGUUAAUUGCUUUGUUGAUUAUUUUGUCUUUAUUGUUUGAUGUUUGUCAUUGGAGAAAUUAUUUUUAUUUUAUUUUAUUUUUA